AAUCAAAGUUAAUCAGUAUGGGUAGAUAGCCCAGACGAGGAAUACGAAUUUAACUUCAAGUACUAUCCAAACAUUAAAAAUGUUGCGUCAAUCAAUAAAGUUAGGACAGAGUACUGCCUAUAGGUGGAGUUCUAGCGCAGCAGCUCUGAAAACCAAUGCAGUAGACAGUUCCUAUGUGCAGCAGUUGCAGGCGGAAUGGAAGACUGCCAAGUCUUUCAAGGAACUGCCGGGUCCGACACGUUGGCAAAUGUUUCGAGGUUUUAUGAACGGAGGGGAGUACGCUAAAAUGGAUAUGCGAAAUUUGAUGAUCUACUUUCGGGAGCUAUAUGGCGACACCUUUCUAAUGCCAGGUCUAUUUGGCAUGCCCAACAAUCUGGUGACCUUCAAUGUUGAUAACUUUGAGAAGGCCUAUCGCACCGAAGGUCAAUGGCCAGUUCGUCCAGGCUCAGAAGUUUUCGUCCAUUACCGAGAGAAACGUGCCGAUGGGUUCUUUAAGGAUUGCAUGGGCCUCCUCUCUAGUGGCGAACAGUGGGGACGCUUAAGAUCUAUUGCGAAUCCCGUGCUGAUGCAGCAUCGCAAUGCGGCAUCGUAUUUGCAACCCAUGCAGCGAGUUAAUCAACAGUUUGUCCAACGGAUCCGCGAGAUACGAGAUAAGGACACACAGGAGGUGCCCGGCACCUUUCUUAAAGAGAUCAAUCAUCUGACAUUUGAAUCGGUUGCCGUUGUGGCCUUGGAUCGCGAGCUUGGUCUCAUUAGGAAUCCCGAGAAGUCACCAAAAGCUCAAAAACUCUUUAACAGCCUGCAGAACUUUAUGCAGACCUUUUACGAGCUGACCAUGAUGCCAUCGAUCUACAAAUAUGUGUCCACGCCGACAUAUCGUCGUUUCAGUCGCGCCAUGGACGACAUCUUUGAAGUGUGUUCGUUCUACAUCAACCAAGCCCUGGAGCGCAUUGAGAAGAACCCGGCGGAUUCGGCUGGGAUGAUGAGUGUACUAGAACAAUUGGCGCGUACAGAUCGCAAGUUUGCCAUUGUGAUGAGUAUUGAUAUGUUAAUGGGCGGCGUGGAUACCACAAGCUCAGCUUUGUCUGGCAUUAUGCUAAAUCUGGCCAAAAAUCCUGAAAAGCAGGCCAAGCUGCGUGAAGAGAUUGUGGCAAAGUUGCCGCAUCCCACAGAUGAGUUCACUUUUAGCGAUAUGAAGGCGCUGCCAUAUCUACGAGCCUUCAUCAAAGAAUCCUUGCGUGUGUAUCCAGUAGCUUUUGGCAAUCUGCGCGCCACUGGUGCGGAUAUGGUACUAGAUGGCUAUCGUAUACCAAAGCAUACCCGUCUCCUGAUGAACUCCAAUUUACUGCUUGACGAUGAGCGUUUCUAUCCAAGAGCCAAAGAGUUUUUACCAGAGAGAUGGCUGCGCCAACAGCCAAACGAGAGCGAGAACCUGGUUGCAGACAACAUGAGUCCAUUUGUAUAUCUGCCAUUUGGUUUUGGACCACGGAUGUGUGUGGGCAAACGAAUUGUGGACAUGGAAAUGGAAAUUACGGUGGCCAAUUUGGUGCGGAACUUCCAAGUUGAAUACAAGUAUCCCACAGAGAAUGCGUUUAAGAGUACCUUCAUUAACCAACCUGUCAUACCACUGAAAUUCAAAUUUACCGACAUUAAAUAUUAGAUUUCAUUUACAAAUUGCAAGCAAACAGACUAAUAAAAACAAUUUAUCGUAAGCAUUUUAA